AUAUAAAAGACAACUUGUCAAAUUGUUCAGUUCGAAUGGAAGAUUUCUUUUAAAUCAGUAAAAAACCACAUUUGAUUGUCUUUGUUUAUACAUCAUAACAUUUCUAGUCUGAAAAUUUUUUAUACAAGAAGAAAAUCAUGAAUUUGAUUGUUUUUACACGUCAUUCCAAGUUUAAAAUGUCUAUGUUUCGCCAAAUUCGCCAGAUUUCUUGUUGGUCUUGCGGUAAAGAUAUCAAAACUUUGGUUUCUAAUUUAUUCUGUUCACAUUGCCAAGUUCUUCAGGAGCCAGACAAAAAUAGCAACUACUUUAAAAUAAUGGGUGUAAGAGAGACCUAUGACUUGGAUGAAAACGAAUUAGCAAAAAAAUAUAAAGAUCUACAAAAAUAUUUGCAUCCAGAUAAAUUUGCUAAUAAAAAUAAACAAGAACUAGAAGUAUCUGAAAAAUAUUCGUCAUUGGUAAAUGAAGCAUAUAAAACACUUUUGGAGCCAAUGGCAAGAGGUAUAUAUAUGUUGCGUUUAAGAGGUAAAGAGAUUUCUGAAAAUACAGAAGUUGAUCAGGAAUUCCUAAUAAAGAUCAUGGAGAAGAAUGAAGAAGUUGAAAAUGCUGAAACCGAGGCUGAAAUCAUGGAACUCAAUGAAGAAAUUAAAAAUAUGAUCAAAACUUUGCAAAAACAACUGUCCAUUGCUUUUUUUGAUGGUGAUCUAAAGAAAGUAAUGAAAUUAUUGAGUGUAAUGAAAUAUUACACUAGCAUAGAUAAUCAAAUACAAAGUGCAAUUAGAAAUAAAGGAAUAAUUCGAUAAUUACUGUUAUAAUAAUAUUUAAAAAAAUUGUUAUGUAGAAAUUUUGUGUAAAUAAUUAAUCAUUUUAUUUUAAUAUUUCCAUAAUAAUUGUGUAAUAAUAUCUGUAUUUUUAGAUAUUAUAUAAAUGAAAUAUAAGUAGUGUUACUUUCUUUACACGAAUGUUCUUUUAUAAAUACUAGCAAAACAUGGCAUUCAUUGGCCUGCUGUGUAUUGUCUAUAUUUAUUCAAUCUUCAUAUAAACAAUAUCAAAGUAAAUAUUUUUAUUCUGCAAACCCUAAUAGAGUAGUUGACUACUGCUAUCAUGGUGUAUAUAAGUCAAGAUGUCCAAGUUUCGCUGAGCCUAUUUCAAUUCAAAAAUAAUAGUUGGGAAAGAAAUAUUGAUAGUAAUGGAGUUGUUAAUCCCCAUUACUAACAGUCAUACAGCUCACCUGAUAAGAAGCAGUUGUAAAUGCCUCCAUAUUUGUCAUUUUUCUUUCAUUGCCAGACUAGCGCCAUCUUUGGUUGGGUAUUGAUUAAGUAUACCUUACAUAAUAAAAAAAUUGAUUAAUCUUCCUUUAUUAACUAUUAGUCACUAAAUAAAAAGCAAUAAAAAUUAUAAUCAUUAGUUGGUAAAUGUUCAUAGUUUAAUAAUACUUAUAUAUAAUUUUUAGUUCAAAUCGAUGACAUGAGCCCGUGGCUUGUAUAAAAUAUAACGAAGUUAUUUUUUAAAAAUAUAUAUUAUAAUGUGGAAUAAGCGGAAGAGACUUGUUUGAAUCGAAGUAUUUGGGGUUCCAUUAUUUCAGUCUAACCUAAUGGGAGAGGGGAGAAAGGGACUAACAAUCCCUUUCCCUGGAGACUGAGAAUCCUAUUGCUAGCAAUAUACUCAACCAGGUCGACCUCCUCGAGGUUCUCCCUGGAAACUAUCGUGGUUAAUUCCUGAUGCAUCCAUCAUGAUGGGCUAACUGGCCUGUUUUCAUUCUCAUCGAUCACCCUUCACUGGUGCUCCGCCAGCGUAUCCCGUUAACGCAGGCAGGGUUACCAUACUAUUUUAACCCAUAAAAAAAACCUAAUGGGAGACAAGCAUGAUUUACUCUUAGUUUAUAUUUGUGUUAAUUACAUAUGGCAACUAAGAUAAUUUUGGAUAACUGUGAAAAUAUAAAUUGGCAACACUGAUAUUCCGUUUCUGCGUAUUGGCAUUAAUGGCUUUUUGUAAAAAUAUUGUAGUUGAUUGUUAAUUUUAUUAGCCAGCAUAUUUUAUUACUCCAAAUUCCAAUCAACUAUUAUUAACA